GCCGAACUUUGCAUGUGGUCAGCUUCUGUAAAUUCAAUGGCUUUAACCCCCACUAAAUAGGAAAUCCAGUUUAAUGAUUGGGCGAAGCUAAGAAUUAAGGACGUAAGGCAAGUGGGCUUAUAGCGGGCUUGUAGCGGGCUGAUGGGGUAAAGCUUCCUGCCCUACCGACCUUGCCGACACCCCUCCGACGUCACUAACACCUGAGAGAGAUUUCCCUCGAUGAGAGAGGUAAGCAAUUGUAUUGGAUGUCUACCUCGACAACCUUGGUAGUUAAGGUAAAAACCAUACCUUAUCUCCGGUCGCAUCCUUUCCUUUCCUUUUUUCUCCCCUUGUUAAAAUCUUUUGAGCCUCCGGAAAACAUUUCCCUCCCGUACAACUUUAUCCUUCUUAUAACAACGGCAAUUGUAUUGUCUUUUCGAAUACGCAACACGUCAGGUCCUCUCUUGUCGCAGUAGAUAGUACCUUGUUUGGCAUUGGGUUACUGAGGUUUCCGACCGACCUCGCAUUGGUAGAGAUAGAAUAAUAUACCCGCAAGAGAAAACGAUAUAAUCGUCCGUCAAAAUGUCGUUCUUGUUUCCUAACCAGCAUGUCCUGCACCAGUCCUUCGGCUCGCCGUUGAACACUAAGGCGCGGACUGCUCCUGCUACUACGGCCACUCCGUAUCAGGCCCGCCUGGAGCUCUACUCAGCGUACUCCGUCGUUGAUGAUGCGAAGAACAAGACAAAACAGCUCAGCGCCGAAGCUCAAAAGGAGCUCGAUAAAGCUGCUAGUGCUGCCAAGGGCGAGAAGAAGCUGGAGCUCUACAGUCCUACCUUCUACGCCGCUGCCACAUUUGGUGGUCUUCUUGCCUGUGGUCUGACCCAUACUGCUGUUACUCCCCUAGAUCUCGUCAAGUGCCGCCGACAAGUAGAUCCGAAGCUGUACAAGGGCAACUUUCAGGCCUGGGGCAUGAUUCUGCGACAGGAGGGUGUCCCGGGUAUCUUCACAGGUUGGAGCCCGACGCUUUUCGGAUACUCGGCACAAGGCGCGUUCAAGUACGGCUGGUACGAAUACUUCAAAAAGAAGUAUUCUGAUCUCGCGGGCCCCGAGAAUUCGUACAAAUACAAGACGCUACUCUACCUAUCUGCUUCCGCCUCCGCUGAGUUCCUUGCCGACAUUGCUCUGUGCCCAUUCGAGGCCGUCAAGGUCCGUAUGCAGACGACAAUUCCGCCGCCGUACAAGGGUACCUUUGACGGCAUCAGCAAGAUCACGGCGGCCGAGGGCAUCGGCGGACUGUACAAGGGUCUAUACCCUCUCUGGGGUCGUCAAAUCCCCUACACCAUGAUGAAGUUUGCUUCCUUCGAGACUAUCGUUGAGAAGAUCUACGAACGCCUCCCAGGCAAGAAGAGCGACUACGGCGCAGGCACCCAGACUGCAGUCUCCUUCACUGGUGGAUACCUGGCUGGUAUCCUCUGCGCCAUUGUCUCGCACCCUGCUGAUGUGCUAGUCAGCAAGCUCAACGCGAACCGCAAAGCCGGCGAGGCCUUCGGCGCCGCCGUGGCCCGAAACUACAAGGACAUCGGCUUUAUGGGUCUAUGGAACGGUCUACCUGUCCGAAUUGUUAUGAUUGGUACCCUCACUGGUCUCCAAUGGAUGAUUUACGACUACUUUAAGAUGUUCAUGGGCUUCCCGACGACAGGUGGAGCCGCACCUCCGGAGAACAAGUAAACUCGAAAAGUCUGAAGAGCGACGCUAUAUGUGAGCCAUACAUAGGCGGUGGAUGAGUUGGUGCAUGCGUUGUCGUGAUAUUUGCUGAUCCGGUCGGUCUCUUUUGCCUCCUUUGCUGUAUUGCAUCCCAUGUUUCGGUAAAUCUUAACAGUCGAGUUUGCCUAGGUUCUGGCCGGGGUCUAGGCGCUUGCGUUGACUGCUGGCCUCCCUUACGUACAUAGUUAUUUUAUGUCCUAGAAAUGCUUCCUGUUACUAUCUGCUAAAUAUCCCCUUGUCGUAAAAUCGCCUUGAACUUAUAGAUAGUGUAAAUUAGUUGUUUCGUUCCUCAUAAACAACAAUGAUGUUU